AUGAAGUGCCACAAAAGAAAAAAAGAAAACAUUUUCUCCUUUUAUGUAAGAAUAUUUUUGUUUUCUCUAAUUACCUGGAUACUAAUUUCUUCUAAUGAUAUAAAAUGUGGUAAACACCACGCCAAGUCACAAAAUUUGGGAGAGCUGUUAGCUUUAAGAAAUGUUAGAUGUUUGACGGAAAAUGGAGUGACGUACGUUUUAAAGAAUUCUUCAUUAAAAAAUAAUUUUGAAUCAGAAGGGCCCACAAGUUUUAAAAUGAACGAAAAUGUUUAUCCUAGUGAAAUAAUAGAUCCAAUAACAGAAAAAGUAAUAUCUGGUUCAGUAAGAGAAAGGUUACCUACAGGAUUUAAAAUUGAUAAGGUGAAAGAUCGUGUAGCAGGUAGAGCAUUUAAGCUAACUAUCUCAGGUAAACUAAAAAAUGACAAGGUAAAAGAUCAAGUAAGAGUUGCUAAAACGGAACCAUCCCCAGAUGAUGUAAAAUCAGAAAAAGUAAAAGAGCAGAUAAGAGCUGCAAAAAAAGAGAAAUCUACAGAUAACGUAAAAUCAGAUAAAGUAAAAGACCAAGUAAAAAGUCCAAAGAUAGAAACUACCCCAUAUAACGUAAAAUCUGAUAGAGUAGAACACCAACCGACAGGUACUUUAUUAGAGGAAACUACCCUAGAUGACAAGAGACCUGAUAAAACAGAAGACCAACCAACAAGUACUUUAUUAAAGGAAAAUACCCUAGAUAACUUAAAAGCUGACAAAAUAAAAGGUCAAGUAAGAACUCCAAAGGAAGAAACUACCUCAGAUGACGUAAAAGCUGAUAAAGUAGAAGACCAACCAACAAGUAGUUUAUUAAAGGAAACUAUCUCAGAUGACAUAAAAGCUGAUAAAGCAGAAGACCAACCAACAAGCAGUUUAUUAAAGGAAACUAUCUCAGAUGACGUAAAAUCUGAUAAAGUAGAAGACCAACCAACAAGCAGUUUAUUAAAGGAAACUAUCUCAGAUGACGUAAAAUCUGAUAAAGUAGAAGACCAACCAACAAGCAGUUUAUUAAAGGAAACUACCUUAGAUGACGUGAAACCUGAUAAAUCAGAAGCCGAAGUAAGAAUUCCAAAGGAAGAAACUAUCUUAGAUAACGUGAAACCUGAUAAAUCAGAAGCCGAAGUAAUAAUUCCAAAGGAAGAAACUAUCUCAGAUGACGUAAAAGCUGAUAAAGUAGAAGACCAACCAACAAGCAGUUUAUUAAAGGAAACUACCUUAGAUGACGUGAAACCUGAUAAAUCAGAAGCCGAAGUAAUAAUUCCAAAGGAAGAAACUAUCUCAGAUGACGUAAAAGCUGAUAAAGUAGAAGACCAACCAACAAGUAGUUUAUUAAAGGAAACUAUCUCAGAUGACGUAAAAGCUGAUAAAGUAGAAGACCAACCAACAAGCAGUUUAUUAAAGGAAACUACCUUAGAUGACGUGAAACCUGAUAAAUCAGAAGCCGAAGUAAGAAUUCCAAAGGAAGAAACUAUCUCAGAUGACGUAAAAGCUGACAAAGUAGAAGACUAUUUAACAAGUAGUUAUUCAGAGAAAACAACCCCAAGUGACUUAAAAAAUGACAAAACAGAAGAUAGAAAAAAAGAUGAUACAUCAGAGGAAACACCAAGUGAAGAAUUACAAGAUGAUAUAAAAAAAAAUAAAUCAACUUAUAAUAAGUUAAAGGAAGCUAUUCCUAAUUGGUUUAGAGCUCAUUUUAAAAAAGAUAAAUCAGCAGAUAAUAAAACAGAGGAAACCAUGGAUGAAAAAGGAACAUCUAAUAAAAAAAGAGAUAGACCAAGAAAUUAUCCAUUCAAACAUAGUGUCCCUAGUGGACAAUUAGGAAAUAAAAAUAAUGACGAAUCAAAAGAUUAUCCAUUUUAUAACAAGCCUUCUAAUGGAAAACUGGGGAAUAAAAAAAGUGAUAAAUCAAAGGAUUUUACCUUAAAAAAUACUCCUAGAAGUGAAUUAAAAGAAAAAGGAAAUACAGAAAAAUCAAAAGAUAAUCAUAUUGAAAAUGAAGUUCCUAGUGGAUUAGUAGGUAAUCAAAAAGUUUUACAAACAAAAAAAGCUGUAAUCCUUGAUGAUGACCAAGAAUACGAGGUUCAAUAUCGUAAAUGGACAGAUGGUAACAAAAAAUACAAAACUAAAAUUUUCCGAUUGAAAAAAGCAAAUGAUGUAAAUGAGGAUAAAAUAAUUUAUGGAAUAAAUGAUAAGUUAACUCGUGAUAUACAAGAAAUGGAAGACUAUGCAAAAAAAUCAAAUCACAUGGCAAACCAAGCCCCUGACCUAAGAGAAUAUAAUAAAAGAAACAUAUCAAAAGAUUAUCAGUUGCAAAACCAAAAACCCGAACAAAAAAAAUAUAAUGCAAGUAACAUAUCAAAAGAAUAUCAAUUAGAACAUGCACCCCCUAAUACGUUAAAAGAAUAUGAAACAAAAGAUGAAUCAAGAAACUACGGAUUAAAAGGUAAUACAGAUACAGAAUCAAAUGAAAAUGAAGCCAAAGAAAAACCAAAUAUUCAUGCGUCACUAGGAAAUUUAAGCACAAUAUCAGAAGGAGCACAAAGCACUUUGACAAUAGGAUCAUUAAAUAGUUUAACAGGACUAAAUGAAAAUACUGAUUUAAAUAAAAACAAUAAAAAAGUAUCAUUUAGUAAAUUUGGUUUAAUGGGAAACAUCUCGGAUGAUUUAGAUGAAUAUGAAAGAUUAAUACAUACAGUAUUUUGUUCUUACAAGGAAAACGAUUUUGGUGAAUUACAAGAAUAUGUAGAAGCACAUGAUACUAAACAUUAUAAAUUAAAAGCAGAUAUGAAAGAAGGAAAGAAGGAAUUUGAUGAAUCUUUUGAAAAAUCAACUUACGGAUUUAGAGAAAAGCUUCCAGUUAAAAAUGAAAAAUUAUUAGAAAUUGAGGAAUCAUUACAUCGUGUACCAAUAAGUGAUAAGACAAAUCAUGAUAAACCAGAAGCACCUGUAUCAAAUAAAGUGUCAGAAACCUAUAGAUCAUUAGAUGAACCUCCUGUUGGUUCAGGUGACAACACAUAUAACGCUAUGCCUUAUGUUGAAAAAAAAAAAAAAAAAAAAAAAAUUUUCAGUUUUAAAAAAAAAAAAUAA